UUUGUAAGUUGGCCAAGCGGCAAACAUCUGAAACGGGUUUAGAAAACCUAGUGAACCCAAGAUGAUCUACUCCGAUAACUGCUGUUGCUGCAUUGAGCUGAAAUGCGGCUGCAUUCUGAUUGCCAUUGUUGAGGUUCUCUUCCGAGGAUUGGAUCGGUUUUUCGUGGACCGCGACAGUCUGUUGGGGCUUCUUUCCCUAAUCGUGAGCGGUGUCUACGUUAUCUGCUGCAUAUUCCUUUUGCUAGGAGCUGUCCUGGGGCUAAGAUGUUUUCUGCUGCCGUACCUCUCAGUGUCAUGCCUUCGGUUCUUCCUUUUGGUUGCCGAGGGCGUGUUUGUGGCCACCGAAGGGAUUGUUAAUGAUUAUCUUGUCUUCGACAUACUUCAGUCCCUUCUUGGCCUGUACUUCUGGUUAAUAGUCUUCUCCUACUAUGAUCGAUUAAAGGACACUUAAGCUUAUAUAUUUUUGUAUUGUUCCUUAAAAUAACAAAUUAAAAAUGA